UAAGCAUUCUCUCUGUCCUCCAUAAACUUACAAACAAGACCCUGGGAACAUGGAGAGUCAACCAUUCACAUCAGCACAAAACAGAAGUGAUUUACUGACCUGCCAGGGCAAGAGAUCCUCACGAGGAAACAGUCGAAUGGAUCACAGACUCACAUGAUAAUGCAAAUGACAGGCAGAGAUGCUGGAAGUGACAAAGUGUUGAGAACUAAGAAAGGCUAAAGUGUAAGGUAGGUCGAUCAGAUAGACGUCUCAGAGUGUGAACCAGAGCAAAGAUGAAGAUCCGUGCUAUGCAGAUCUGGGGAUUCCUGUUAGCGGUCCUGGGCUGGAUCUUUGUCUCCUGCUCCAUGGCCAUGGAAGGCUGGAAGAUCUCCUCUAUCGGAGGGCAGGGUGGGAGCUCCAUCAUAUCCGUGGGCUGGUACUGGUCCAGUCUGUGGAGGGCCUGCUUCACCGACUCCACUUCCACAUCCAACUGCUACGACUUCCCUGUGCUGUGGUCCGUGGAAGGUUACCUUCAGAUCGUGAGGGCUCUGCUGAUGUCUGGGAUGGCUGUCGGAAUGCUGGGAUUUAUCCUGAGUCUUGUAGGGAUGGAAUGCACUUACAUUGGAGGAAAAGACAAGGAGAAGAACCGAGCCGUGUUCACAGGAGGCAUCUGUCAUGUAACCAGCGGUAUGCUGGCUGCCUCUGGUUAUGCCGUUUACGCUCAGAGUGUUUCUGCAGAGUUCUUCAACCCCAGAUUUGAUGGAUUGGAAUUUGACUUGGGAACUCCAUUGUUCCUUGGAUGGACAGGAUGUGCUUUUCAGAUCACUGGAGGGAUUUUCUUCCUAGUUUCAGUCCGCAAGGUCUGGUCUCAGACUUACAGCAGUGCACCAGCUCUCAGCGUUCCUGUUGUGGAGAGCAAUGCCAUCCAUUCUUCUCACGCAAAUAUUUCCAUCAUAUCUGAACUCUCUACAAAAUCCAACAUAUCAGCCAUAUCUGAGCUCUCCUCAAAGUCUGAAACAUCACCUUCGUCAAAUGUUCCAUCAAAUACCACCUCCAGAACUGGACGUCCCUCAAGAUCGCGGCACUCUGAUAAAUCAAGAGGCUCUGUCAGAUCAGAAGUGUCACGGUCAGUGAGCUCCUCACGGUCCUCAAUGAUCAGCAGAUUACAUUUAAACAGCAAGAAAGUAUCCUCUCCAUCUGGAGCCACUACACAUCUCUUCAGCAAGAACUCUUACCUCUGAAACAUUGAGCUUAGCCUUAGAUUAUUGGAUCUGAAAAAAACACUAGUUCAGGAAAAAACACAUUGGAAAUUACUUUUAACCAAACGUCUCAGGUUGCGUAUGCAACCCGGUUAACUGAGAAGGGGAAUGAGACACUGCUUCUUUAAAGGGAACGGCGUCAGUAUGAAUGGUGUCUGAAGCAUGUGUACAAGCCAAUAUUCAUUGGCAGACGGCAGUCCGUGACGUCACACACAGAGCGCCUGUGCGUAUACAAUUAUUUUGUCUGAAGGAGAAGCGCAGGCAAGCCUGAGGCAUGGCAACGAGACACAGCAUCUCUAUCCUCUUCUCAGGGAACCUGGUUGCAUUCGAAACCUGAGACGUUCCCUUUCGAAGUGGAACUUCAAUGCUGCAUCUUGGUGUUGACUCUAUGGGCAACCAAUACCAACUAUGCCAUGCUGAAGGAAUGCCUGCCUCACUGAGCUGUGAUUGUGUACAAGCAGAGUGGGCAUAGCACUAAAUGACUCUACGGGCCGGAGUCAAGAGCGCGUCAACCCCAAGGGCGCAUCCUAUGCUACUUGAAUAGUGGCAUCACUCCCAGUCAGAGUGCACAAAUGCUAGUGCACCUUACUCCCUGUCUCUGCGGGACAGGCCUCAAACUAGAGCCCCAAGCAGAGCUGCAGGGGAAUACACAACAUCGCCUCUCGGGCAUGCCUCUUAGGGGGCAGUCCACCAAAGGGAGCCUGCGAGGUCCUAAAAACCUCAGUAAUCAGUACUAUCAGACUGAAAUAUUGAGAAAGGCACCGGACAAAGAGGGAACUGCUACUUGUUUUUCUAAAAUGCAAUCCACCUCUACUCUGUCCCAGCUACCACCUUCAGUAUUGCUACCCAUCCCAAGAAGAGAACAUAUCCCUACCCAGUUAUGAUUGGGGAGCGCGGCAAAGAAGAAAAUUGGAUGCAUAUGCAACCUACUUCAAUUCUCCUUUACCAAGCUCAUACACUGACUUGAGUAAAGACACUUCCAAAGCCUGCUAUAGGUUGAGAAUUCAAAAGCCACACUAUAGUAGGUAUGGCUAUAUCCCCACCCUAAGGUGAGCGCAUAUCUCUACUUCAAAUCCAACCAUAGUUGGGGAGGGAGGUAAAUGAAAUGGAAGAAUGCUUGCAGACUGCCUCCCAUAUUUUCAUUUAGCUUACCUCAACCCUAAGGAGGU